CGGAAAUGUGCUGAUCGACGGUUCAGGGAAUCCACGUCUCACAGAUUUCAGUCUCGCCACCGUUGUAGGAAAACAAGAUCUCUAGUCGUCCAUGUCGACCGUACACCACACCCUUAAUCCUCGAUGGCGUGCGCCUGAAAUCAUUGGAAUCGAGAGUGUCCCUGAAAACCCGACUUUCGAGAGUGACGUCUAUUCCCUUGGCAGUGUCAUUUUCUUUAUCAUCUCGGGGGAUAUACCAUGGAAAGAGAAGAAAAAGCUAGAUCAAAUCUACAUCGAGCUGGCAAAUAAAGCCACCCCCACGCGUUCCGAGAACAUCCCUGAUGGUCUCUGGAGCUUGAUUCAAAAAUGCUGGUCAUGGGAGCCGGGGCAUCGCCCAGAGGCUGAAAAAGUUCUUGAAUACAUCAAUUCGUCUGCGAUCGAUGACUCACAACCAGUGGAUCUGACAGGCCAGAUUAUUGGGCGAUUUGGCGGCUAUUUCGCAGGAGGUGCCUUUGCAAACGUUUUUAAAUGUGAAUACAAACAACCAACGGGGCUUAUCAAGGUUGCUGUGAAAGUGAUCAGGGUUGCUCUUUCACAUCAAGAAUUAGAGAGAUUUCUAUGCGAGGUCAAGAUCUGGGCUAUCCUCAGGCAUGAACACAUUGUUCCUCUUCUUGGAACGGCAAGGGAUUUUGGGUCAUUCCCAGCCCCAGCCCUUGUCUUUCCAUGGUUUGAUACCACGCUACGCCAAAUAAUUGAAGAACAAGGCGCUCAAUUGAGCAUCGAGUCGAAAUUACAUUUGCGUCUCGGCACGGCGUCUGGACUUGAGUAUCUUCAUGGUUUGGAUAUUGUCCAUGGAGAUAUCACUAGUUUGAAUGUUCUGGUGGACAUCCAGGCAGGGACAUACCGCGCGUGUCUCUCGGACGUUGGGUUGGCGACAGUCCUUGGUGGCCGCUUAGGUAACCACGUCAUCCAAGGAUCGAAUGAUCGGCUUGAUGCACUCAGUUGGACCGCGCCCGAGUUGCUCAAUGGCGGCAGCCCGACGAAAGAGAACGACAUGUAUUCUUUUGGUUGCGUCAUGUUUCACCUGUUGACUCUGGAUAUUCCAUGGCAUACAAUUAUCGACGACUUUACAGUCCUUGAAAACAUUCGUAGAGGAAAGUGCAUAUCGCGUCCUGCAACAUCUGAUUCGCCCGAUAUUACGGACGCACGCUGGGAUGAGAUCAAGAUGUGUUGGUCAGCAGCAGCGUCUCGUCCAUCUGCCUCGAUGGCCGUAGACUUCUUGAAGAGCGAACUGGAGGCCUUGUCAGGCGGCGACAUGACUGUUCGUGGAGUGGGGGGGAGUCACCGAAGGACAUCCUUAAGUCGGCCGACAACGCAAUUUUCUCCACCAGCUGCUCCUGCCACUCCAACAUCUCCACCUCCUGAUGCUGAUGUUGCACCAAAUCUGUCACCACCAGGGUUUUUCUCCCGUCCCGCUCCUAGUCCUCGUGCUGCUGCUCAAAAGAAAAAAACAUACCGCUCGGCCACCGACAACCCCAGCUUCCUCGUCAGGGCAGCGGCAAGAGGACCACAACAAAGGCAGGGCACAGUCGUUGCCAUCGCCCCUGCGGGUAGUAGUUACCCCUACAACGGACUCAUUAUCACCAUAUCCACCUCCUCCUCCUCCACCACCACCAACCACCACCACCCCUUCCUCCCAUCACUACUCCUCCAGCCGUAACAGCGACAAAACAAACUGGGUGCUGUACUCGCGUUUUUGGUUUUGCAUUUGCCAUUGUAUCUCUUGCGGGUCUAAUGGAUUCUCUGACAGUUAUCCGUAGUGCAGACCCACUGUCCUUUAUCAUAUGCUUGUCUACUAUCGCGCCUGUCCCUUGUCUUACUAGCAUUCGUUACAUCAAAAUUUCAAGCAUCGAUUGUCCUUGUCAUGUACUGUGCUACCGUGACAAUCUCGAAUAACAUGAUAGUAUCGGACUGCUUUAUGGCUGACUCGGAGGGUCUAGACCUUGCAUCUGGAACUCAGCAGACAUAAAGCUCCAAAAAGUAGG